AUGCCCACAAUCCUCGGCGACAAAGCAUUUGCAUUCCUGCUAUGCAACUUCAAAGACUCUUCAAAUCCCAAGCCAUUCUCGCUGGCCCAAGCACAGGCAGGAUUGACCACGAUCCGCCAAUUUUGGUCGGAGACAUCGUAUGGUGCGUGCUCGCUAGCCGGCACAACGCUCAACGACUGGAUCACUCUACCUAUAACAAAGAGCGACUUCAUAGCAACCUACAGGACUAGAUCGGGCAUGAUACAAUAUGCCAAGGACAAGUCUGGGAUCGACCAAUCCAAGUACGUUGGGUUCAUCGUCAUCUUCUCCGACGGGGUGGGCACCGCGUGGACGCAAGGCAACGGCGCCAUCUUCGAGCCGACUAUUCUCCGCACAGCACUCAUCUGCCACGAGAUGACCCAUAUUCUGGGCGAGCCCACACACUCGUUCGACCUCACCACACGCCAAACCGCCGACUGGUCUGCUCCCGGAGAAUACUGGGACCAGACCGACCUCAUGAGCGCAGGCAAUUGCUGGUCCACGCCCACGAGUGCGACUGACCCCUUCGCUGGCCACGGGCCACAGCACUGCAUGAUGUGGAAAGCUCAAUUUGGAUGGCUACGUGGAGGCCGCGCUUUCCGGAUUGCAAACUCUGACCUUGAGAGACCCUAUAACCUUAACGUGCGGCUGUUGAAGCGCCAGCAGCCAGUGCCGGACUCGGAUGGUGGCUAUAAGGCCAUUUUCUUCCGGGACAUGUCAAUCGAAUUUGCGACGCAGGACGGCUUCGAUGCGGGGCUCCAAGGGUCUGGUGUCCUCAUCCACCAGCGUUCCCAGACCGGUGGUCAGCCGUACGUGCUUGUGCCUGACGUGACGGGCAACCCAGACCAGAAAUUCUGGUGGACCGGGGACGUGUGCGUGCGAGAGGCGGUGGGCGUUGAUGCUGGCGACAACUAUUAUAUCUGGGUGCGUGAGAUUAACUUAAGUGAUGGGUACGCCAUGAUCAACGUUGCCAACGGCGUGGUGCCGCCGUUUGCACGUGUCCAGAUUCGUGCUGUUCGCGAGGGCUAUAGCCGGCAGCUGCGGCAUACCUAUAUCGACUCACUUGGAGUCUCGGAUCCCAGUGCACCGAAUGGGCUAGCGGCCAUUCCGCGCAUCACCGUUGUGGAUUGGAUUGAAAACGGUCGCAAUACGUUCUUUGUGCAGGGUGUGGACGGUGUGACGGCCGAGGUGGUGGUCGAGCAGCAUUGGAUCAGGACUGUGUCGGAUGGAUCAACGGCGAAUAACUUAUAUUCUCUGCCCACCUUUUGA